GCAGCCAAAACAAAACGGAAAACGCUGAAAACCCCGAAUAUUUCGUUAUAAAGAAAACUCCGCGCUGAAGGAAGGAAACAAGGACGAGAGCCUGGCACCUGCAAAAAGGAGCGGAAAAUUGCAGGACAAGUGUUGUGCGGAUUUUCGCGGAAAACCAGGAAGUGGACAGGAAAACGGAGAAGGGAAACUGAAUAGCUUGAGAGGACUCGCAGCUGGAGAGCUAUUUGAAUUUGAAUCCAGGUCCUCGCAGCUGGCCAUGGCCAUGAACUUCUACGACGAGGAGAUCACAAUCGGCGGACCCGACUCCAAGCACCUGAGCAGUGUUCAAAUGGAGCCGCGAAAUGGUGGACCAAACGUUGGCCGAGGGGGUGGCGCAGGAGGAGGCACAUUGGGCGGCGAAGGACGGGCGGCCGGCGCCACUGGAGGUGCACAAAGAGCCGCCGCAGGCAGGCAUCGUCGAAUGCAAUUCCAAAGCAACUCUACGGAUGACGAUGGCCUUCUGCAGGACAUCAUUGAUCACGACGACGAGGCGGAGGACAGUGAUGACGACGAUGACAGUGAGAUGCACUUACCCCAAGGAAUGACCAUGGGUGUGGGGAUGACAGGCCUGGUACCGGGACAACACUCCCAAAAACGGCCAGGAAGCAAUCGAAGCUCAAAGCAGCAGCCGGAUGACACCAUGAGUUCCGGGAGCGAGGAGGCAGCCAUGGGAGGAGAAAUGGGAUCUGGAUCGGGAGGUGCAAGAGGAGGUGCCAAGCUACCGCACCAUAAGUUAACCCUCCCGAUGAGGAGCAGUGCUGGCGGAGCAGGAAGAUCCGAGCGGCAGGAAGAACAAUCCUUCAGCAUGAGUCCGGAUAAAUGGGAGGAACUAUCCUUACCAGGGGACCUAAAGGAUCUCUUUCCCUAUAUCGUGAAGUACACCCCACAAACGAUUGAGACUCCGUUUCAUUUGCAACCAUUUAUCCCGGAAUUUGUGCCCGCAGUGGGAGAUGUGGAUGCCCUGCUGAAAGUCCAGGCUCCUCCACUUUUGCAACCGCAACGGCAGAAGGAGUUGGAUGACCACUUGGCUAAGUUGGGCUUGUGGCUGCUCGACGAACCAUCUGGCACUCAAAGUGAACCCAGUCUCCUGAAUAUGAAACUCCGAUCGGUGUUAAGUGGAAGCAUGGGGCGUAAUCCCCGUCAUGCCUCCUCAGCUUCUCUUAUUCCCACCGCCCGAUCGGCCAAGGAUAUUGACAAAUGGAUCUCAGAAGUGGAACAGGUGCACAUGACUCAAGCGAUGUACGAUGCUCAGCCCAGAAAGGAUAUAGACGCCCUCUUGGAGGAUUGGCCAAGAUCUUUUGGCGAUGACGCAACCAAGAAUGCUUUAGAUCAGGCCUACAGAUCUUGCCUGCAGCAGAAUAUAUCUUUGGCUGACUAUGUGAGAGUUCUUUGCGAGAGAUUCGGAGUGGAAGGACCUUUGGAGUCGCAAGCGGACUAUAUUCAUAACGUUCAGACAUUAUUUGCUCUUUACUUGGCUGCCAGCCAAGCCUGGGAAUAGAAUAAGUUUUAUAAAUUACCCAAAGUCAUUCAUAAACAUGUACUUAAA